AUGUGCGUGGAUCUGGGUCACUGGGAGACCGCUGAGCAGGUGCUGGUCAGCGUGGGCCCCAUAGACCUGCUGGUGAACAGUGGUGCUGUGGCCCUGCUGCAGCCCUUCCUGGAGAUCAUAGUCUGGGGCCUUACGGACCACGGAGUGCCCAGCUCCAUGGUCAAAAUCUCCAUCGUGGCCCAUGUUGCCUUCCCAACCCCAUCACCUACAUGCCCGGGGAUAGAGCCCGUGUGCGUGGACCUGGGUGACUGGGAGGCCACCGAGCGGGCGCUGGACAGCGUGGGCCCCGUGGACCUGCUGGUGAACAACGCCGCUGUCGCCCUGCUGCAGCCCUUCCUGGAGGUCACCAAGGAUGCCUUUGACAGAUCCUUUGAAGUGAACCUGCGUGCGGUCAUCCAGGUGUCACAGAUCGUGGCCAGGGGCUUAAUAGCCCGGGGAGCCCCGGGGGCCAUCGUGAAUAUCUCCAGCCAGUGCUCCCAGCGGGCAGUAACUAACCAUAGCGUCUACUGCUCCACCAAGGGUGCCCUGGACAUGCUGACCAAGGUGAUGGCCCUAGAGCUCGGGCCCCACAAGAUCCGAGUGAAUGCAGUAAACCCCACAGUGGUGAUGACGCCCAUGGGCCAGGCCGCCUGGAGUGACCCCUGCAAGGCCAAGACUAUGCUGGACCGAAUCCCACUUGGCAAGUUUGCUGAGGUAGAGCAUGUGGUGGAUGCCAUCCUCUUUCUGCUGAGUGACCGAAGCGGCAUGACCACGGGCUCCACUCUGCCGGUGGAAGGGGGCUUCUGGGCCAACUGAGCUCCCUCCACACACCUCAAACCCCAUGCCGUGCCCAUCCUACCCCCAAUCCCUCCAAUAAACCUGAUUCUGCUGCCCAG